AUGGAAUUUUAUGAUAGUCAAUUCGUGCCUACAAUUAUAGUUGCCGAACAAAGAAAAAAUCAAGAUAUAAAUUAUUCGCAGCAAACGUCAAGUGAGAAUAAUAAUGUUACUUUAAUUUCAUCACCAAAUGAAGAAGAAAUUAUCGAUAUGACUUCAGGUGUUGAUGAUGACGACUUUAUCGUGAUUACCUCCAAUAGAAAAGAUUUUUAUAAAACAUCUUUAAGAAAUAAUAAAUCCAUAGAUGAUUUUGAUGCUUGUAAGAAAGAAACAAAAAGGUCAUUUGAUUCAGAUGACGAUGAUGAUUGUAUUAUUGUAGAUCCCAAAACUGGCGAAGAGGAGCCAUGGAAUCCAAAGUCAGCAGUUGGUUUAACCAUUAGAAAACGUAUAUUAUCUUCGUGGAAUCAAAAAUCACGUCCAGUUUUGGAAACUUUAUCACCAUCUUGGGUACAGAUUUCCAGAAACACUAUUUCCGGUAGAUCUGAUGAUGCUUGUAGACAUCGUUGGGCUAGAUUAAAAAAAAGAUUAUAUUCUAACGCUUAA